CCCCCGCGAAAGGAAACGGCGAGUGGCCGCGUCUCGCGGGCCGGCGGUGGAAACGACGGCCCGUCGAAGCGACGCGAGUGUCGCGAUCCGCAGAUCUCGAAACGCGCGAUCUUCGUCGCUCUCGAGGCGUCGAGGUGAAACGAGAUCGAGCAUGCUCGCGCUCGACUUCUCCGACCGAGGCUUCGACGACGACGAUCGCCAAGGCGACGAAGCGAGUAUCGUCGACUGCGACGCGACGCCCUCUUUCGGCUCCCUCGACGACGCGAUCGAGAUCGUGACGUCUGCAAUAGCGCAGCACGACGCAAGGGGAUAGCUCCGCUAAGUCGUCGCCGCGAAACAAAAAGGUGCUAUGCCCAGCCGAAAAUUUUCGUUCGUUUAUCGUCGGGCCAUAGAUGGGGAAGCGGACUCAUUUUCGGCGAAUUUUGGCGAACGAUCGGCCGUCCGAUCGUUCGCCGAAGAUGACCCAAUGCGGCCGAGAAGGUUCCCAAAAUUGCGUGAGAUGGAGUCAAAUUGGUCCAGGUGGGGAGUCACCUCCUGGAUUCGACCGAAACGAGUCCCCUGUCCUUUUCGACACGGUUCCCUAAGGUUUCUCACUUAGAUCUCAGAGGAAGACGAUCGAAUUCCUUGAACCAUUUCUCUGAAGAUGUAACCUAGCCCUGGAAUGAGCCAGAAAAUUCCGGCCUGGAGGUCCGUGGGAGGAUCCUUCUACGCCCACGAUAGGCCACGCGACUGUUUUUCGCUCCACCGAAAGACAUUAGAAAGUUUUAUCACGUGUGAGGUGUGCCCGGUGUAGGACGCGAAACUUACUGCCCCGUAGAAAGCACUACCGUAUUGAAAGUUGCGUAGGCUGAAACCGCUACCGUGGUAAAAAUGGCGUACGUCGAUUCGCAAAGGUAGUAAAAUCCGCCUACGCAGGACCGACUAUCGUCACGCAAUCGUCACUACUGCGACCCGAGACUGUUUGCAAUGGGCUAGAGCAGGGGUGGCCAAAGUGCGGCUUUCACCGAGCGAAGUACCUUAGAAAACAUCCACUUUGACCAGCCUUGCGGAAGGGAUGUUGCUUGGGAUAUUCUCGGCGAUAGGAGUGUACCUGUGUAAGGUAUUCUGGUAAGGUAAGGCUCCUUCAUCUGGUAGAGACGAAGGAGCAGGAGGGGGCCAACGAAUGCAUUCUCAUCGCUCCGAGAUACAAAAGGUUGCAUGUGCACUUCAUGUCGGCUUUUUUCCUAUGCCUUUUCACAUUGUGAAAAGUCGGCUUACGGUUGGGGCACGUGCGAUUUCCCAACGAUGAGCCAAAGUCGGUCCAGCGAAGGGCCAACAGGACACGUCCGACUAUAAGCCGGUUUAAACCAACCAUAAGCCAACCGCAUGCCAGUGAUGGCUCAACUACGGCUCGUGGCCGCGUCGACGAAAAGUCAUCGAUGGCCCGAUGAAAAUUUUUUGCUGAAAAUUUUUUGACUGGGUGACGAUGAUGUCCCUACGAGAUCGUCGCGAGAGACGAUCGAAUGAGAUGACGACGACCGUGGUAGUUACGAUAGGGUAUCUCCGUGUCCGUUUCUGCGAUGCGAUCGCACCCACGGGGAUCGCGAUGAGGUAUUUUACGACGCCCGUGGCCACCUCGAGACCGCUUCCCCUCGGUCGCCCGAGCUCUGGAGCCUAUACGCUCGGGUGAGAGCCCUUUCGGAACGGAAGAUCCACCGGAAAGGAGAGGGGAAGUGAAAUUGACCGGUACGGAGCGCAUGCUCGUGCCUCGACGCGGCGAUACCAGACGCGGAUCUCGAUGAAUUCUUUCCGAAGAAAGAGAAAAGAGAGGAAAGGAAAUCCGUGAGGGAAGGCAUUCCCCGGAGACUCCCUCCUCUAUUUGGACAGACGAGGGAGGAACAAAGUUACGACCGUUCCCUCGACCCUCGUAUCGAGAGGAAGAAAGCAUCUCGUCGUGUACGGCACCUCGUCGCGAAUGCUCUCGGAAACGCGCGGACGUCUUCCUCCUCCGUUUCGGUCCCCUAGAAAUACGAGGUGGAGUUCCUCAUGCAUCAUCAUUGGGAGGACAAGCGGCUGGCCGUGAAGGAGAAGACGAACAGCAUCAGCAAGUAUCAGUACCUGAAUGCCAUCCAUCACUUGGAUCAACUCUGGAUCCCCGAUACCUAUUUCUUGAAACACGGAGAAUUCAAGUACCCUCCCGAUCCGGUCCACAUCGCCCUUCGCGUCUACCCGAACGGCACCAUCCUCUACAGCAUGAGGAAGCACCUGGUGCUGUCGUGCGAAGGAAACCUGAACAUCUUCCCGUUCGACGAUCCCGCCUGUCGUUUCUCCAUCGAAAGCAGCCACCUCUCGACGGGAUCGAUAUCGAGGCUCACGAUCCGAUUACGGGCCUUCGCUUCGAAUCGAGCUUCUCGAGUCUUUUCCACGCGAACGAUGCGUCGCGAAAAGUUUAGGGACGGGCCCCACGCUUCGGUCGUCGAAAGCGUCGUCACCCCGAUGCUGGAUCUCCUCGGGGUAUGCCCCGAGGAUGUUACACACCCGGGUUCACGUUUCUGCAACUACCGGAAAGCACAUGCGUUAGAGUACAACAUCCCCAUCGUCUCGUACGAGAGAAGCGACCUGUUGUACGAGUGGGUGAACGACACGACCGAAGGGAAAUCUCUGCUCAAGUCCAAGAGACUGACCUCGUUCAACGCCUACAUGGUACAUAACUUGACCGAAGACUGUCCCGAUACCAUGUCGUGGAGAGGGAACUACAGCUGCCUGCGGGUCGAGCUGGUGUUCACGCGGGACAAAGCCUUCUACUUCAGCACGGUCUUCAUCCCGGGGAUCAUCUUGGUGACGAGUAGUUUCAUCACGUUCUGGUUGGAAUGGAGUGCGGCGCCGGCUCGGGUCGUGAUCGGAGUCACCACACUUCUCACCUUCUUCACCACUUCCAACGGAUUCCGCACUUCCCUACCCGUCGUCUCCAAAUUGGGUGCCAUGAACGUGUGGGAUGGCGUGAGCAUGUUCUUCAUUUAUGCCUCGCUUCUCGAGUUCGUGCUCGUCAAUUACAUCGGGCGGAAGAAACCCCGAGGCGAAAGCGUGUAUCGGACCGGGGAAAACGCCGUGAUCCAGAGGAUCCCAGAUGUCAUCCAACGGAUCGGGAUCGCUCUGAUCGGUCCUUUCUUGGUGGGUCAGAAUCGAAAGGGAGACGGAAGAGGAGGAGCAACAGCAGAAGGGGAAGCUGGAGAAGAAAAAGGAAGCGCCGGAGGAGAGGAAAGCGCUCGAUUGAAUUCCGCGCACCUGACCGAAGGUGGAACGGGAGGAGGGGAGGCGGACGUAGUGACCCUGGAGGGUGGUAGCGAAAAGAGGAGGCGCAGGAGUAGAAGAGGGACGGAGGGAAAUGGGAAGAGACCCCCUCCUCAUCCCAUCCGCAUCGCCAAGACCAUUGACGUCAUCUCUCGCAUCAUUUUUCCCGUCGCAUAUUCAUUUUUUCUUGCCUUCUUCUUCAUCCGCUAUAAAGGUAUCUGAGACCGCGACCGAGAUUCAACCGCUACCGCGCAUCGCUGUGAUAGAACUUUCUUUGCCCUCCCACCCCUGGGUGCUCUCAUCACUCAUUAGUCAUCACUCGCCGUGUUCCCUCGACGUCGCGACGCGUUUCCUCCUUUCGUCUUCGGAUAGUCGUCUUUUUCCAUUCUCCCUCUUCCACGUUUUUCUAUGCAUGCGCACCCCGUGCAUGCCGUCCAUUCUAGGAUUUGAGCCAAGAAGUAAGGCCUUCCACAUUCCUCGACGAUCUGGGCUCUCCACGAUGCAAGCACCUUUCUUCUUUCCAUCCUUUCGGAUCAGAACAUAUCCAUUCGAUGCCUUUUUCUCUUGCCCCAUGUCCACAUGCCUGUCGGAGACAAGACGCCUAUAGAUGAAGUCGAUCGUAGGUUCGAUCGAUACGCAGUUCCUCGUUUUGUGUCUAUCUCAUUUGUUUUUUCA